UCUCCACUUCCCCUCACCUCCCCUCCCUCUUAGGGUCCCUGGCCCGUCUCGCCAUGGGUUCCCGUUUUAGCUCUGACUUUCUGUGCCUCCAUCCACCCUGGACGCUUCGCCUUCGAGACUUUUCCCCUCCUCCGGGGCUAUUCAUCUCUCGACGGCUCUCUUUCACAAGGGCUGGGGCUCAGGCGGGUCGGGGGUGGUGGGGUCAGUGGAGGGUGGGGAGAAGGACUUGGUCGACACAGCCCAGAUGGCCUUAAUGCCCCAGGCCUGCUUCCUUUAAGCUUCUUUAGGUCCAAGGCCCGAGCUCAGUGUCCAGCUGCGGGGCAUGUCAGUGGGCCAGGGGCACCUGGCAAACCCAGCAAACCCUGUACAGCGUUUCUAUUUAGCCGUAUAUACACGUGUAUAGGUGCAGUGUUUUUAAGGACCUAAUAAUUGAGAAGGUGGGUUUUUGCUAGUUCCCCAGCUACCCAGGGGCCUCUCUGAACCCUGGUCUCCCCCUUAAGAAAUGUGGGAACCGUGAGGUCCCUCCCUUCAGGUCAAAGAGCCUCUGCUCCCCUCAGGAGGGCAAGGACAGUGAGUGAGACGGUUGAGGGGACCAGGGGCUUCUCGGGCUUCCGGCCCCUCCCCCACCCUCCAGUGGCAGUUGGCUGUGGUUGGGGUUUCCAGGGCGGCCGUGCAAAGCUCUGAAUGUGCUUUGGCAGUUGGCCUGCGGAACAUCCCCGUCUCCCGUGCAGUUCCUGGGUGCAGAACUCUCCGGAAGCAGGGGCUUCUAAACGGCUCAACCCAGACCUCCCGCUCAGGCCGGGCUGCUCUGCCCCCAGCGGUCGGAGGCCAGGCAGCCGCGUCUGAAACUCACUGACUUGAUGGCUCCCGGUGGCAGCCGGGGGGCAUCAUGGAAAGGGGGGCAUGAGGAGUUGCCUUGGCCGGGAUAUCAGGGGGCUGGGAAGGCUCCCGCCUUUGCCAAGAAACUCUCCUCUCCUCCCAGGGGCUUCCUCCCCUCUCUCAAAUACACGCCGGCCCACCACGAAAGGUUCCUUCCCUGGGUGAAGGGCAGGCCUCUCUCGAACUACCAUUUCCUUGUAGCGAAGACGCAUGUCACGCUGCUAGCUGUUUGUCCUUUACUGCGAGUUGUCAGGACCUCCUCGGGGACCCUCCAAGAAACAGUUACCAGAAGCCAUGACGUGUCCCUGCCGCCGGAGGCUUCCAGGGAGGGCCGAAGAGGCCUCCCGGGGCCCAGCGUUAGGUGCGGACGAAGGAAGAGAAAGUUUGGACCCCAGCUCAAAGAAGGAGGCAAAAAAACUCAAAGGGGAGGCACCAUCCAAUACCCCACAGGUGCAGAGCCCACUGACUCUGAAGGCAAACACCUUGCUUCACCCCUGCUACUGUCCCUGAGUGUCAGGAAUCUCCGACCUGACACCAAAGCUUCCCCCAUUGGUCACCACCACAAGGGAGGCUAACGGUAUGGCCCACCAGUGCCCAUUUCCUUUCCCCUUUGUCACCCAGGCCUCAGUUGGAAAUGACAAGAAGCUUCCAGGUCAGACGCCAUCCCCUGGUCCCCUGGAGGAGGUUUCAGUCCUGCCGAAGUCACACAGCCUCUUCACCCACUUUUGAGCUAGUCCCAAGAAGAGCCCCUCCCUCACCAGACUCUUGGUGUGUGAUGCCAUGACGCGUGCUCAUGGCCGACCCCGUUCCAUAUUGACCUGCUUUUCAAUCCCAGGCUAAGGCUGCAUUCUCGUUGUCUCGAUACCUCUUCCUCGUGUGCUCCUAGAGGGCAAGACACUGUUUCUCAUGCAUUUCUGGAUCCCUGGAGAUUAGUUUAGCGCUUGGUAUGCGUGCCCAGCACAUCCUGUUUUUGAAUAAAAUUAUUUCAAAAUGGC